GUCUCUGUGGUUGUUCCUCCCGCUCCUCCCCGAGGGGAGGCGGCGAUGGCGGAGCCGGGGAGAGCCGGCGGGAGCCCCGAGCCCCCCGUGCAGGUGUCCAUCAUUGUGCCUGUUCACAACAGUGAAUGCUGGUUAGAUGAAUGCUUAAAGUCAGUUUGGGAGCAAGAUUUUAAAGGAACCAUGGAGCUGUCAAUUUUUAAUGAUGCCAGUAAGGAUGGUUCAGCUGAAAUAAUUGAAAAAUGGAAGAUCAAGUUGGAAGAAAUUGGUGUUUCAGUAAUCGUUGGGAACAACGAUUCCUCUCAGCCUCGAGGUGUUGGAUUUGCUAAAAAUCAAGCAGUAAUUCAGAGCUCAGGAACCUAUCUCUGCUUUCUGGAUUCAGAUGAUGUGAUGAUGCCACAGCGGGUUAGGCUGCAGCACCAAGCUGCCAUUCAACACCCAAACAGUAUUAUUGGUUGCCAAGUCAGAAGAGAGCCAGUGGACUCUACUGAACGAUACACACGCUGGAUCAAUAACCUAACCCAGGAACAACUUCUUACACAGGUGUUCACCUCCCAUGGGCCCACUGUGAUCAUGCCAACCUGGUUCUGCUCUCGAGAAUGGUUUUUCCAUGUGGGAAGAUUUGAUGAGGGUGGAAAGGGUGUCCCAGAGGAUUUGUUGUUUUUUUAUGAACAUCUCUGGAAGGGCGGUGGAGUCUUUCGAGUGAACCGUUGCCUCCUGCUCUACCGGUACCAUCCCCAGGCUGCCACUCACUCUGUCCUAGAGGAAACCAUCUGGAAUCACCGAGUCAGGUUCCUUGAGGACAGAGUCCUGAGCUCCUGGACAUCAUUCACCAUUUGGAAUGCUGGCAAGCAAGGCAAGAAGCUCUACAGAAGCUUGUCACCAGCUAAUCAGAAAAAGGUAACUGCAUUUUGUGAUGUCGACAAAAAGAAAAUAACAAAAGGAUUCUACACUUACGAGGAAUCUGAGGAGAGACCAAAACCUAAAAUUCCCGUGUGCCACUUCAGGGACGCGAGCCCGCCCUUCGUGAUCUGUGUGAAGCUGCAGUGGGUGGAAGUCCCCAGACAAAACAUCUGUGCAACCUGUUGUAAAGCACAUUUAAUCUGUGAAGCCCUUACAAUGAGACUAUUAUACAACAUCUUGUCUGCAAACUCUGCUCUCUGACUUCAGCUGGGAUUUCAUGGCCAACUGAGCAUUUUCUCCUUGCUAAUUCUUUACCAACCUGAGUUCAGCACCAUUUUCUGAAGAAGGAAGUGUGCUUUAAGGGGCUUUAUUGGCUUUUAUUUUGCUGCUCGUGGUAGGGGAUUAUUUUUCCUUUUGAUACAGACAAAACCUGCAUGUUUCUAUGCAGCUCCAAGAGGGUGAUUUUGGAGAUCAGAUGUGUUUGUGAAGUGGGUUGUUUACAAGAAGUGACUCUGUUGGCCAUGUACUUGGAGCAGCUCAUUUAUUUUUUCAGGCAGUUCCUCCCUUGUGAGCACUGGCAGGGCUUUGGUACCAGAGCAAAUUGUUCUGGAAGAAGCAGGCAUCCUCUGAUCUUUGCUCAGUUUGCAUUUUAUACUGGCUCCACAGACAGCUGGAGCUGGAAUUCUGCUCUGUGUGAGUUUUUGCUGAGGAGAAUCCAAGUGUGGCUUUAGCUGGUCAGAGCAGCCUGGCCCUGCAGGGCCACUUCACCCAAGGGUUUGUGCUCCGUGUUUGCUCCCAUUUGGAGGUAAAAGCAAAAUGCUCAGAAAUGCUGCCUUGUGCCUGGCUUGGCUUGGAUUCCAGUGGCUGCAAAUGAAAGGGAUUUUUAUUUUUCUGUCACA